AUGGCAACGCACUCGCACGACGGGAUCAACUUCCACGCCUCGCACGAGCAGCCGGCAACGCACUCACACGACGGGAUCAACUUCCACGCCUCGCACGAGCAACCGGCCACCCAUUCCCACGACGGCAUCAACUUCCACGCCUCGCACGAGUACGUCGCCGACCAUGGCCACAGCCACGAGAUCCUCGACGGGCCCGGCAGCUACCUGGGCCGCGAGAUGCCGCUGACCGAGGGGCGCAACUGGGACGACCGCGCCUUUACCGUCGGCAUUGGCGGCCCCGUCGGCUCCGGAAAAACAGCACUGAUGCUCGCUUUGUGCCUGGCACUGCGCGAGCGCGUGUCGCUCGCCGCGGUGACGAACGACAUCUUUACACGUGAGGACGCCGAGUUCCUGACGCGCCAGCGCGCACUGCCAGCAAACCGCAUCACCGCCAUAGAGACGGGCGGGUGUCCGCACGCAGCGGUGCGCGAGGACAUCAGCGCGAACCUAGCGGCGCUCGAAGACCUGCACGACGAGUUCGACACGGACCUGCUGCUGAUCGAGAGUGGCGGCGACAACCUGGCGGCGAACUACAGCCGGGAGCUGGCGGAUUUCAUCGUGUACGUGAUCGACGUGAGCGGCGGCGACAAGAUCCCGCGCAAGGGCGGGCCGGGGAUCACGCAGAGCGAUCUGCUAGUGGUCAACAAGACGGACCUGGCCGAGGCGGUGGGCGCAGACCUGGGCGUCAUGGAGCGCGACGCGCGCAAGAUGCGCGACGGCGGCCCGACCGUGUUUGCGCAGGUCAAGAAGGGCGUCGGCGUCGAGCAUAUUGUUAAUCUCAUUUUGAGUGCUUGGCGGGCGAGCGGCGCCGAGGAGGCGCGCAGGACUGCCGGGGGCCCGCGACCGACCGAGGGCCUAGAUGCGCUCGCGAGUGGCAGCUCUUGAAGAAGACGGGGUGUAUGAGGUUGGGGGGGGGGCGCGGAGGGGCGGAUGAGCGGGAAUAAUAUCUCAAGCAAAAGAAAUUACGGCCAUUUAUAUUCACCUUUCUCUAUUGGCUCUUGGAUCGUUUAUCUACGAGGAAUUAUGGCACUCUUUAGAUAGCUGAGCGUUGUUAUGCCGAAACGAGUGCCAGAAAGACCAAUCGAAAAGCAAUCAAACAUGAACCCAAAG